UCGACAGAGUUGCGUCCCUUCCUCUCAACUCCGCCAUUUGUAACGUUUUACAAUCGUAUCUCAAAUUUAGUAACUUAACGUGGUUUUCUUACAUUUUUAUCACUUUUCAACUUUACUUUUUAAUUUACUUUAACUUAACUAUGUCAGAAGUGGUAAAACUGGUAUCAGAAGAAGCUGUCAGUGAAGAAGAAGGACGAAAAUCAGCGUGCCCAUUGUGCUUGAAAAGUUCACGCAAGUACACCUGUCCACGAUGUAACACACCGUAUUGUUCUGUAGAAUGCUACAGGUCUGACAAACAUAGAGAUUGUUCCGAAGGGUUCUACAAGGACUGUUUUAUGGAAGGUUUGAAAGACUAUUCUGCUGAUCCUGAGGAUAAACAAAAAGUUCUUGAGAUGUUGAAGAGAGCUGAGGCUGACCCAGAUUUGAAUGACCUUGAUGAACCUGCAGAUGACCUUCAUGAAAGACUGGGUGACCUUGACAAAGAUACUAAUGAAGUUUGGAACAGACUUACAGACCAGGAAAAGAAAGAGUUUCAGGUGAUGGUUGGAGAUGGUCGCCUUGGAAACCUUGUUGAAAUUUGGUCACCUUGGUGGUCAGCAUCACCAUCCCUAGUUACAGAGGUUGAGGACAGUUUAUCAGGUGCAAGGUCACCUAGUGCAGUACCCAGUAUUUUACCAGACAUUCCAAAUAUUUCUCAGAUUCUUAAAUCAAAACCAUCGGCAGAUGUUAAAUACAACGUCAUUAAUGUUUUGUAUGUUUACUGCUAUGUUUGUAGACUCCAUAAUGGAGAACAGGUUUCCAUGGCAACAGAAUGUGCAGCAGACAUUUUGGCUCUGUCCGAUGUUUUAGGUCAAGGUCACACAUGCGGAUCAGUGGACGAAGCAGUUCAAAUGUGUAUGAAAAAGCUUAUCAACCAACAGAAUAAUUAUGAAUCGAGUCCACAUUUCAAUGUUUCAAUAUUGAAGGAUAUUGAGAGUAUUAUAGCUGGCACAGGAGAAAAUGAACCCUUAAAGUUCUUACUUGCAGCCCUAUCAGAAAUUUGUCAAAUUUUAAAAAAAUCUCACAAAAAUAUUGCAAAGAAAUUGAAAAGUGAGAAAUUUGCUGCUGCAAAGGAGAAGUAUAAUAAAUCAAAAGCAAAGUAUUUCCAGAUAUGUAAGAAAUGUGAAUUUUAUCUCAGCUGGGCACAGACUUAUGGGAUGGCUCUGACUGGACUGGUUCCCGAAUUGCAGAUUGUGCACUCACUGUUGUCGGCAGAACUUGAAGCAGUGAACCAGUCAAAGAAACAGCUGGAGGAAGAAUGGGGUGGAAAAGUGAAACCUAGAAAGAAGAAACUUAUUGAAGAAUUGUGAAGGAAUUUAGAUUUAUGUCUGUGGCUUUCUACCAUUAAACAAUUAAUUACACCAAGGAAGUUUAGGAGCGUAUAUUUCAGUCUUACACUGAAAAACAUAUAUCCUCUAGAUAUAUCUCCUGGGAUGGGCAGAGGUGAAGUUCUCCCUUACCCACCCACUCACUAAAAUAUUUUUAUGCCUCCGUGCAAAUAGUGAUUGAACUGUCAGUUCAACCAUACAAGUUUUUACCAUUUCACUUACAGUCCACAUUGAUGACCCAAUUUAGUUCAUACUCACACUCAACAACCCUUGUGACCAUCCUACAAACAGACCUAUAUAAUAAUGACUUUGAACCUCAUAUGGCCUUCACCUUCAAACUUAAAACCUCAAGAAAAACAGCAUCUGAAGUCAUAUACCUGGGAACAUGAUUUUGCAUUUUGUUCUUUAUAAUAACAUUUUGACAUUUUAAAAUGGCUAAGGUCACUCUAUAAUAUUUUGUUCCCUACCUACAUGCCCCCCCCCCCCACAACCCAUUAAUCAUACUGACCCCAUAUAUUUCUGUAUGACUGCACAAAACUUUAAAGCCACAGGGUAACUAUAAAAUCUGUAAGAAGACCAUUUGAAACCAUAGAUCGCAACCAAGCAAGACAGUAGCAGACUCAAGUUUGAUUGAGUCUGCUCACUGAAUGGUAAUGAAAUGUGCAACACCUCCUAGUACUGGCUUAAUUCUGUUCCAGUAAAAUUGAAUGAAGUCCAUGAUCCCAAAGGACCAGAAAAUAAAAUAACACUGAAUCCGAGUAUGGUGACAUUUAAAGACUGCUGUUGUUAUAGUCAAUAAAAUCAUUAAAAAGAUCAUUACAUAAAUCAAAAUGGCUUUCCAAAACAUUGUAAGGUCAGUGAAGCUGUAAUGUAACACAUCUUGAUAUAACUGCUAAAUUUUAUGUCAUUGUAUUUCAAAAUCAAGUGUUAAACUGCAUUGUGAAAGACAAUGUUAUAGACGCCAUCGGGAAUUAGGGCAAACAUAUAGCUUUUCAUGUACUGGUAUCUUGGGAAGACAGCAGACGAAACAUAAAAUAAUGCAUGAAGUACCACAUUGCAGUUCUAUGAAAUGUGAAUAGUGUUUAGAUGGUUUUAAAAAAAAAGGUUGUUGAUGGAUGAAAUAUUAGGAGAUGAUACGGAGAGAUUAGAGAUGUUUAAAUUUAGCAGUGAAAAUCUUUUCCAGAAGCAUAAUUUUAGUGAUAUUUAGGACAUUAUCAAU